CUCGUCGCUCUGCUUUCUGAUUGGCCGGUUUCCCUACUGACUCGGCGGGCUAAGGGAAGUGGUUGCGUCUCGCCUUUAAAGGGGAAGCGGCGGCAGAAGCGCAGGUAGGGGCGAUGGACCACGUGGCAGGACGAGAGCAACAGCCCCUCUUUGGGGGGGCCUUUUCUGCCUUCCUACCCCCUGGAAGCCUGGAUGUCAGUGAGUUCCGCCAAGUGCCCGACAACCAAGAAGUCUGCGUCCACCCCAGCACAGAUCAAAGCAUCAUUAUGGAGCUGCUGGAAUAUCAGGCAGGGGUGCCCGACGAGACGGCCGUCAGAUAUCACUUUGAGGAUGUGGUUGGUGCCUCUGGCGGCGCUGAGGUUUUGAGCCAGGAGUCGCUGGCGCCGCACGUCCUGGCUCUGGAAGGCUGCAGCAGCGCUUGGCACCUGACCGCAUGCCAGCUGGUCGCCAAAUUCGACGAAGAGGCCAAAAACGAGGUGAGAAUGCAUCUCACGUUGCUUCGCCUGCCCCAGCACGGAACAGACGUCCUCUUGACCUUCAAUGACCCCACCCGGAUUCAUCCCCUAAGCAGUAGCGCCGCUCGAGGAACCGAAGUCCCGGCUCCUUCCCUGCCUCCGUGGACGGUAGAGGAUUUCCACACCUUCGUACGCAGCCUGCGGCUUCUCGACCCCGGCAUUUUUGGCUAGCCUACCUAUAGAACUGGACACCUGAAAUCCAGCCUCAUCUCUUUUCCGUCAUCCACGCAGCGCCGUCCACCGGGACUCUUUGACGGUUACCUGCCUGGGUCUGUUCAAUGCCAUAGCUUUGUCCAGAGGGAAAGCGAGUCAGGAAACCAGCGCCGUACAGGGCGGUCUCACCGAAAAGUCAGUUUUGAGUUGCUGCUCUUAUCUCCACAAGAGGAUUUCAAGUCACUGCGCUAAGAAAAACGGACUUCUCCAGUUUCACCUAUAGAACUUCAACCUUGGGCCCCCCUUCUCCUCCAUCUAGGGUCCCCCACAGCCCCAACACACCAACUUCCUCAAGUAUUAGGCGGAAUGGCCCCUUGUGAUUGUUCCAUCCAAUAAAAAAGUCAGUCCU